AUUUAGUAGCCUGCAAAUGGGUUAAAUUGAGCAGAGAUUUAUACAGUAGCAGUUCAUUUGUAUAUCACUUGUCCAAAUAUGAUUUAAUUAUUGUGAUUUGGCUGACAUUCAUACAGGAACCAUACAGAGGUCUUGUAGAAUGUGUUAAUCAUAAAAGAAAGUAUUGCAGUGAUUUGUAUCUGCAUGCUCAGAAUGGUGCAGCUAAGAUGAAAAUGUAAUUAUGCAUCAGUAAAAAUAGAGCAUCCCAUUGUUUUACAUAAUUCUGUCUUGGUAUUUUAAUUGCGACUGUGUCUUUGUUGACACUUUAUAUACAAAUAGUUUCCUGUUUAAAUAAUUUACACUGCUUCAAAAACUGAAAAUAUAUGGAUCGUCAAAACUAAUAGGUUACCAUUUCCCCUCUGGAUAUCUUCCAUAUGUCAUUUAAUCCACAGAACUGUAAUCUUGUUAUUGUCUGUACAACUGUGAUCACAUCUGGCUUAGAAAUACAACAUCAUAGUAAUAGCAACUGUACAAAUAAUGGCACUUGGCAAAUCCAGCUGCAGGUCUCCCCCUUAAAUGCUGCCUGUAAGCUCUACAGAGGUAUGAAUUUGUCUGGAGGUUUGUGUACCCUUUAAGAUGAUGAUGUUUUUAGGGCUGGGAAUGUGUUGAGGAGUAACCUGCAAAAGGACCUUUAAUUCUGACCCAUUAACCAAUUGUAAAGCAUUGAUGAUAAUUUUUAAAAAUAGUAAUGUAAUCAUUUGUGUAACUUGUGUGUACUUUGUGUAUUACCAGUACUGUGGUUACUGAAUUGUGUUAAAUUCCUUAAUAAACCCAAAAACUAUUGCAGCAAACAGAGAAAAUCCAACUCUGACUCGUGAACUUAUACUCCACUGGAGCCACUUACCAGUUGUGUGAUAUGUCAAGAAUUCAACAGCACUUGGGCUUGGGAGAUGGAAAAAAAAGGAUACCUAGAAAUGAGUGUUGAAUGCAAACUGGGGAUUCUGAAGUAUCUCUGCGAAUGUCAGUUUGAUGACAAUCUAAAGUUUAAGAAUAUCAUUAACGAGGAGGAUGCUGAUGCCAUGCGUCUGCAGCCCAUUGGUCGGGACAAGGACGGCCUCAUGUACUGGUAUCAGCUGGAUCAAGAGCAUAAUGUCAGAAUGUACAUUGAAGAACAGGAUGACCAGGAUGGAUCCACAUGGAAGUGCAUCGUUAGAAACCGCAAUGAGCUUGCUGAGACCCUUGAGCUCUUGAAAGCACAAAUUGAUCCUGCUCUGUUGAAAAACAACAAUUCUCAGCAGGAGAAUUCAUCACGUGAAAGUCCAAGCAUAGAAGAUGAAGACACCAAAAAGGGUGAAGAAGCAGCUCCACAAGAAAAUCAAUUGAAAAUCAAGGAAGAAAAAGAGGAGGUAGAGGAACAGCCAGUGGAAUCGGAAAGCCUUCCUCCUCCUGUGGUCAAAGAGGACGAAAAUGUGCUUAAAAUUGAGAAAGUGGAAGAAAAAGAAAUUAUAAAAUUGCCAGUAAUAGUGAAAUUAGAGAAACCUUCAGAACACAUUGAAGAAAAGCAAACUGUCAAGGAAGAAAGUGACUCCUUUAAGGAAAAUGUCAAGCCUGUUAAAGUAGAGGUGAAGGAAAACAAAACAGAACCCAAAGACCUAAAAGAAGUAAAAAGCUGUAUGGACAAAAUAGCAGUUCAUGAGCCAGAGAGGUUAGAAUUUUGUGUUAAUGUCAAAACUCCGCAAGAAAUUGUGGAGAAAUCUGUGGAGGAAAGUGAAAAACUUAAAAACGACCAACAGGCAAAAAUACCACUUAAAAAGCGAGAGAUUAAACUGACAGAUGACUAUGACAGUCCAAUAAAAGGGCCCCUGUGUAAAUGUGUUACUCCAACAAAGGAUGUCUUGAAGGAAGAAGGGAAGCCAGAAGAAGAAGCUUUUAAGAGAGUCCCUACCAUUACUGCUUUAUGUCCUGAUGGGAAGGUGCUAGUAAAUGGAGAGGUUAGCUGUGAAAAAAUAACCCCGAGUGUCAUACAAAAUAGUAAGCCAGAACACUCUGCUAGUGCUAUGGAAGACUGCACCUCAUUGAAAGAGAAAAAUGGAAAAAGUGGGGAAAAAGUAUCAGACUCCCUAAAUUCUGUUAGUAAAAUUAUAAAAACGUGUGAGAUUGAGAAAAAUUCAGUAACUGUGCUGAAGGAGAUCGGGGCUGUGGUCUCUGAGGUUUCUAAUCAGAAAGUGCCUUCAAAGGAGGAAUCUAGUCCUGUGGAAAAAGAAUCCCUUCACAGUACAGCUACUGAGACAAUAGCAGAAGAGUCUUCAAACUCUGACGACUGUGCCAAAACAACUGAAGAGAAACAAGCCACUGAUCUCAAAAACGACAGCCUGCCACCACCCAAAGAAUGUUCAGAGAAGCUAGAGAUGUCCCCAAAUGCAUCUGCUCCUGCAGAAUUGCCUAAGCUUGCACUGGCUGAUGAAGAGACUUUGAAAAAUAAAGAUGAGCCUGAGGAGAAAAACAACUCUCCAAAAGCUGCUGAGAUACCUCCUACAUCCACUUCACCUGUUACAGUAGAGAAACCUGUUUCAGAAAAGGAGGAUUCUGAUAGUAAAAUGGUUCUACCUGACGAGAGCAAAGUAGAAGAAAAAUCCAGCCCUGAAAAACAAGAGGAAGAGCCAGAAGCUGCCAAAACAGAGCCAGAUAAAUUAGAUGAUGCCCAUGCAUCUAAUCUAGAGGACUCCUCAGAGAGUAAAAAGGAAUCUCCAGAACCUAAAAGCAAAUUUAAAUAUAAGCUAGUUUCUGAAGAAGAAACCUGUGCCACAGAGAAUAAAGAAAUAACUUCUGAAAGACAAAAAGAAGGAAUUAAAUUAACAAUCAGGAUCUCUAGUCGGAAGAGAAAGACAGAAGCACCACCAGAAGAGGUCAGCAUUGGGCGCACGUUGAGGCGGUCACCAAGAAUUUCCAAGCCUACUCCGAAAGUUGUAGAGACUCGGGAUCAGAAGCCUGAGAAGAAGCGACCUGAAGAGGAAGAGGAGAAACCUGCAGCAGCACAAAAACCAGAACGAAAAGAAGAUAAAAAAAAACAGGAGAAGGAGACAAAUUCUAAAGUUAACAAGAGAAGCAAAGUUCGGUGGACGGGUACACGGACACGUGGCAGGUGGAAAUACUCAAGUAACGAAGAGACUGAGGACUCUGAGAGUGAAAAAAACUCUGAGGAGGAGGAAGAAGAGGAGGAAGAGGAGGAAGAAGAAGCACCACCUGCUGAUGACGAUGAGCCCUGCAAGAAGUGUGGCCUUCCCAAUCAUCCUGAGCUGAUUUUGUUAUGUGACUCUUGUGACAGUGGCUACCACACAGCCUGCCUUCGCCCUCCACUGAUGAUCAUCCCUGACGGAGAGUGGUUCUGCCCGCCCUGCCAGCAUAAAUUACUCUGUGAGAAAUUAGAGGAACAAUUACAAGAUCUGGAUGUUGUCUUGAAAAAGAAGGAGCGUGCAGAACGCAGAAAAGAGCGAUUGGUGUACGUGGGUAUCAGUAUUGAGAACAUCAUUCCACCUCAGGAGCCAGAAAUACCUGAAGGUCAGGAAGAAAAGAAGAAAGAUUCCAAAAAGCCCAAAUCAAAACUUGAAAGGAGAUCUACCAGAACCCGAAAGUGCAUAAGCUACAGGUUUGAUGAAUUUGAUGAGGCAAUUGAUGAGGCAAUUGAAGAUGAUAUCAAGGAGGCUGAUGGAGGAGGCAUUGGCAGAGGCAAAGACAUGUCAAAUAUCACAGGUCACCGUGGAAAAGACAUUUCCACAAUCCUAGAGGAAGAAAGGAAGGAAAACAAGCGACCACAAAGGGCUGCUGCAGCACGACGCAAGAAACGACGGCGACUAAAUGACUUGGAUAGUGAUAGUAACAUGGAUGAAGAAGAGAGUGAGGAUGAAUUCAAGAUCAGCGAUGGAUCUCAGGAUGAGUUUGUUGUAUCAGAGGAAAAUCUGGAUGAAAGUGAAGAUGACCCACCAUCAAACGAGGACAGUGACUCCGAGUUCUGUGCCCGCAUAUCCAGGCGACACCUCUCCAGGCCCAUGAGGCAAAGCAGGCGGUUACGAAGGAAAACAGUCAAGAAAAAAUACUCUGAAGAUGAUGAAGAUGAAGAGUCUGAGGACAAUUCAAGCAGAGAGUCUGAGAGCGGUGAUUACACAGAUUACAGUGAUGAUGAUUACCUGGAAACUAGGAGGAGAAGAUCAAGACGGAAUCAGAAGAGACAAGUUAAUUAUAAGGAAGAUUCAGAAAGUGAUGGCUCACAGAAAAGUGUCCGAUAUGGGAAGGAGUUGAGAAGAGUUCAUAAACGCAGGCUCUCCACUUCAGAUAGUGAAGAGAGCUACACAUCUAAGAACUCUGAAGAUGAUGAAUCCACAAAAGAGUCAAAGCAAUUGAUUCGAAAACGUCGGCGAAGUACAGAUGGCUAUUCCGAGGAAGAAGGAGAGGAUGAGGAGGAAGAAGGAAAGCCUGUCCGCAAACGCCUGAAUCGAAUCGAGACCGACGAGGAAGACACCGGCGAAAACGUGAACGACGACGCAGAAACCCCCACUCCUGCAGUUAAGCUGCCAGCAGCACAAGCCCCCCAAGACAACCCCAAGAAGCACUGCUACCGGAUAGAGAGCGAUGAUGAAGAUGACUUUGAUAAUGUAGGGAAAGUAGAGAGCCCUUUGGACUACAGCCUGGUGGACUUGCCUUCCACCAACGGACAGAGCCCAGGGAAAACCAUUGAGAACUUGAUUGGCAAGCCAAGCGAGAAGACCCAGGCCCCUAAGGACAGCACAGCCAGCCCCAGCCUGGCGCCCAAUGGGACAGGGAGCGGGCAGGAAGCGGUAGGGCCAGAGGAAGAUGAAGAUGAACUUUUGAGAGUGACUGACCUUGUUGAUUACGUCUGUAACAGUGAACAGUUAUAAGACUUCCAUUUUUUGUGCUAAUUUAUUCCACGGUAGCUCAUACCAGCGGGCCAGUUAUUAAAAGCUGUUUUAUUUUUCCUAGAAAAUUCUCCACUACAGUAUCACUUUCUAGAAGCAAGAAUUUCACCAGUCCUGCAGUCUUUCUGUGAAGUGACCAGUUUUGAACUUUGAAGAUUUGCUGUAAAUUCCCUCUCUUACCCCUCCUUCUCCUUCCAAGUCCAUGGUCCUGGGUAAUUUCACUCGCAAAAACCUUAUAACAACAAGAGAUUUGUAUAUUUUUGACUUUAUAUUUCCUGAGUGCAUACAAAUUUGUGGAAAUGGGUGGCCUAAGAAAGCAUUCCAAAUCAGUCAGGGCCCAAACCGGAACUGGGGUGGGUUUGGCUCAAGGGGUGGGGGGACGGGAGGGGGGUGGUGCAGAAGCACUUGUGCUUUAGCUUUUUCAUAUGAGAUAUAUAUUAUAUUUAAAUGUUCACAACUUAGAUUACAACUUAACAGACAGUUAAAAGCAAAAUUAAUGUCUGUACUGUCGCAUUUUGUGAGUUGUAGGUUAACAUACCAUAGCUCAUUUUAGUAAUCAACUUCAUGAAAGCAGUUUGAUUUUAAUACUGGAGGCAAACAGAGUUAUUAGAGGCCAAGAAGGUACCAUAAACAAGAACUCUGCUAUUCAUUAUGACUUGCAGACUUUCCUAAUAAACGUUCUUUAAAGUGUUUGUACAGUGAAGUGUACUGUAAUGAAGUUUUUGACAGCUGAAACACUCUAGCCAUGAAUUUCUAAAGUGAUCUCAUGCACAGUUCAUCAGAUGGCCUUCAAUGCACAGUGUCUAGUGGGAGGACGUAUUGAUGUCAAGUUAGUCUGUAGGCACUGCAAACUUUUACAGACAAAAGAGCCCUGCAGUCGCUGCCUGACCAUGUGAGCUUCAUCACCAGUUGGAGUAUCGUGAACAAAAUGUGUUUGUACAAAUGGCAUUGACCAUAGAAUGACA